CUGGUCUCCAGGGAAACAGUACAUAUAUAGCCUACUAGUCUUUUCAUUCUAUAAAUACAGCCCAUCUUCUACUCAUAUCUCCACACCCAAAGAUCAGUAGACAUUGAGCAAACCCUAUCACACUCGGAUUAACAAUCCUUGCAAUGGCAUGUGCUAGCCAUGUCCUGGUCUUCCUGUUCAUCUCUCAGUUAGCCCUAGUCACAUACACUACUGCUCUUCUGUGUGACAGUUGUGUAGGGUUGUGUAAGAGUAGUUGUGAGAAAGAGCUCAAUCUGUCCUUGUACCUCCACCAAAUUGCUGCUGGGCCAAACCAUAACCAAGAACAGAUUGUCAGUCCCAGCUUUGCUAAUGGGUUUGGCACAACAGGCGUCAACGACUGGCCACUACUCGAUGCUCCUCAGCCAAAUGCAAACAUUAUUGCUCGCGCGAAAGGCCUGCAUAUCCAAGCUAGCCAAGAAGGUGGUGGCUGGUUUUCUCCAUUCAGCAUGGUGUUUCAGGAGCAGGACUCCAGGUUCAACAGGUCUACCCUACAAGUGAAUGGGAUGAUUGGCCCUGAAGCUACCGGUGAGUGGGCAAUCGUAGGCGGGACUGGAAAGCUAGCAAUGGCUCGUGGUAUCAUCAAGUACAAGUUUCCCCAGAUAGUGACGAGCGUUGAGAAUUAUAGACAACUUGAUAUUCAUGCAUUCUACACCCCACAAGCUGUUUAAGAUUGAAAGAAUAAAUGAAGCUGAAGUUGAUGCAUGAUCUAUACUGCCAGCCAGAAAUUUCUCAAAAUUAACGUCUGCGUGAUUGCAAUAUGACUAGUAUUACUAGCUGUAUCAUCAGUGAUACCAGACGCUUUCUCAUUUCCUUAUUUUGAAACAAUAAGUGUGUUUGUAGCCUGAGAUGAUCCAUCCUUAUUUUCCGUACGCUCAUCUCUUUUGUAGUGUUUAUUUGUAUCUUAAAUUUCCGACGAUUUAUAAGAUUAUGCAAUGCCCGUUGAUUCCA